CUUUUCCUUUGCAUUUCUUCUUUUUGUUUUUGUUUUCCAUACUUUUUUGUUUUUGUUUUUUUUUCGUUUUCUUCGAGUUUAGUUUUCUGCAUAGCUUUGUCUAAAGCUUAUCAUCGCAAGGCUUAAUAAGAAGAGUUUACUAGAACCAGAUGGAUGUUCCUCGGCCAGCUUUCAAAUGUUUCGAUGACGAUGGCCGGCUUAAAAGAUCAGGUACGGUCUGGACCGCAAGUGCGCAUAUUAUAACGGCAGUGAUUGGAUCUGGUGUUCUAUCGCUGGCAUGGGCCAUAGGUCAACUCGGUUGGAUCGCGGGUCCUGCAGUGAUGUUCUUGUUCUCUUUUGUCACUUACUACUCUUCCACUCUUCUCAGUGACUGCUACAGAACCGGAGAUCAUGUUUCCGGAAAGAGAAACUAUACUUACAUGGAUGCUGUCCGAUCAAUUCUCGGUGGGUUUCGGUUCAAGAUCUGUGGUCUGAUCCAGUACUUGAAUCUAUUUGGUAUCACGGUCGGGUACACAAUCGCGGCAGCCAUAAGCAUGAUGGCGAUCAAGAGAUCGAACUGUUUCCAUGAGAGCGGAGGGAAAAACCCGUGUCACAUGUCGAGCAAUCCAUACAUGAUCAUGUUUGGUGUGACCGAGAUCUUGCUCUCGCAGAUCAAAGAUUUUGACCAGAUUUGGUGGCUCUCCAUUGUCGCGGCCAUCAUGUCCUUCACAUACUCUGCGAUCGGUUUAGCCCUCGGAAUCAUUCAGGUCGCAGCAAAUGGAGUUUUCAAAGGAAGUCUCACUGGAAUUAGCAUCGGAACUGUGACUCAGACACAGAAGAUAUGGAGAACCUUCCAAGCUCUUGGAGACAUUGCCUUUGCUUAUUCAUAUUCUGUCGUCUUAAUCGAGAUUCAGGACACUGUAAGAUCUCCACCAGCAGAAUCAAAAACGAUGAAGAAGGCUACAAGAAUAAGCAUCGCCGUUACGACAACGUUUUACAUGCUGUGUGGUUGUAUGGGCUACGCAGCUUUCGGAGACGCAGCACCAGGAAACCUCUUAACCGGUUUCGGUUUCUACAAUCCGUUUUGGCUCCUCGACGUGGCUAACGCCGCCAUUGUUGUCCACCUUGUAGGAGCUUACCAGGUCUUUGCUCAGCCCAUCUUCGCCUUUGUCGAAAAACAAGCCGCGGCUAGGUUUCCCGAUAAUGACUUGGUCACCAAGGAAUUCGAAAUCCGAAUCCCUGGAAUCAGGUCACCCUACAAAGUCAACGUCUUCAGAGCAGUUUUCCGGUCCUGUUUUGUGGUUUUGACCACUGUCAUAUCGAUGCUUAUGCCGUUCUUCAACGACGUCGUGGGGAUUUUGGGAGCGUUAGGGUUUUGGCCUUUGACGGUUUAUUUUCCGGUGGAGAUGUAUAUAAAACAGAGGAAGGUUGAGAGAUGGAGUCUGAAGUGGGUUUGUUUGCAAAUGUUGAGCUGUGGUUGUUUAGUGAUCACGGUGGUCGCCGGAGUUGGCUCCCUUGCCGGAGUAAUGCUUGACCUUAAGGUUUACAAGCCGUUCAAGACUACUUAUUAAACAAAACUAUGAUGAUGAUGAUGAUGGGGGUGAUGAUGAUGAUGAUGAUCAGGCCUGAUGAUGAUGAUGAUAAUGAUGAUGAUGAAGGUGUUGGAGGAAAGAAAGAUAUAAAUUUCUCAACAAAUAAAAAAACUAAGGAUAUACAAAUUUAGUGGCUAAAAUUGAUAUAUUUCAUUUGGGGAAAUGUGAAUAAUAAAAGCUUCUUCGUUUCGUAUAAUUUAUAUAUAUCAUGUGGUGUUAGUUUUUGUUUUUUUUU